GUAACCCAGGUUACUAGGCCUUAAACAUGAGAGAUAAUACAUUUUAAAAAAUAUGGUAGUAAAAACUAAGGGUUAACUGUAGUUUAUUAAAAAGGAGACAUUAAGAUAAAAUAGGUCACUGUUGUUACGAUAUAUGAGAGAAAAUACGAGAGAAGACAUACAACGGAUAUAUUGAUCUGUACUGUAUACAUGGUUCAUCAUUUUCAAUCCAAUCAUUGUGAUGUCGUUCUUUUCUAUUUUCCAUUGUCUUUCUUUGACAUUUGAUUGAAAUAGGCCUUUAGUUCAUGUGAGACGCACGUGAUAGCGACAUGAUAGAGGUAACGAGCCAAUCAGGAUUCAGCCUCGCUGUGUGAUCCAAGAAAUAAAGGCCGUGAUGACAGCUAGCAGAUGGACUAGAAGGAUUAACUUUGACAUUGUGCUGCUAAUUUUCCUGAAAAAAACCCAUAAUGUUCUUACUUUUACUGUGAAAACAGAAGUUCCACCACUGAGAUAUUAUUUGUGUGUGUUGAACCGACCGAAGGAUUUAGCUGCUGUGCACAGUGUUAUUCCGAAGGACAUGGAAGAAGAAUACAACAGCGGGAAAACUCCUAACGGUCCCAGCCCCGCCCAACAACGUUGCCAUGGCCGGAUCUUUUCUUUUGUUCUGUGUUUUGGAGUUUAAGGAGAAGAGAAAAGAUGUCGCCUGCUGCCCAGCGGAUCAAACGAUCCUGAUCCAAGUUGAUCUGUGACUUUUCUUCUUGGUUCUGGGAGCAGAAUAAACACAAAGGAGACACAGAUUCACAAGAAAGUUCUGCUGGGGUUGAAAAAGGAAGUCGAGAUAGAAGAAACUCAGCGGUUUCCUGCUGCUGCUGCUUAUUCAGCCUGGCUGACUGUGAUCACAGCAAAAUGGAGUCAACAAUGGAACUUAGAAGAAAAGAAAGACGAGCAUCAUGUUUCAGAAGAGCAGCCAGAAGAAUCAGGAGGGUCCUGUCCAGGAUCUGCAGAGAUAGUUCUCCUUCUCCCGUUGGUCAUUGUAACACUAGACGCACCUUCAAUGAAGAGAACUGUUUAGAAGGAAGUUCUGCUUAUUUCCCUAUUUUAGGAACCAAGAGACCCACGAGCUGCUCCUAUUAUGAGUCUUCUGUACACCUGGACAGUAGUUUUGUCUUCAAUGAUCUUGACCUCUAUGCUACACGUCGGCCUAAUUCUAGAUGCCAAGAUAAAUACACCAACAUGCACGUUUCUUGGAAUCCCCCAGACACUGCUAAAUCUCUCCAUGUCCCCAAAUUUGCACCGGCGCAACUUCCUGUGAUUAGAGGUGUUUCCCUACCCCAUCAAAGUCAUCAUCGAAACAGAAGCACAACUGAUAUGAAUGACUCAACUGACCGUAUCGGCUCUUGGUACCGAGCAAUAACUGCCACUCUUUCCUCAGGCAGCCGUGCAGUCCGACAGUACCAAUCAGGACCCCAAACUGUCUGCACUGAAGGCAGUGGAGUACAAGAUGCAUUUGAGCAGUUGUCUGUGCAGUCUGAGAGCGUGUCAGCAGGUGACAGUGACUCCCUGGUUAAAAUGGAGGCACUUGUUACAGCUGUGAUCUCCUCAGUCACAAACACCCAGCCGACCCGUCCUCACCUCCAGCUGUCCUCAGAUCCUGGUUGGAGUCAAAGAGGCUCCAGCUGUUUGCCUCGUUCUCACAGCGUUCCCUCACUGAGUCAGAGAAGCUGUGCAGAGAACCAGACCUUCAGACCAUCACAGAGCUUACCUGACAUGCUGUUAAAAAGCAGCUUUGAGGAGUUCACACCUGAUAUCACUGUUGAUGAGGACGAUGAAAGCUACCGGUUCCUGUGCUCCUGCCCGGGCCUGUACCAGUGCAGUGUGACGGGCCUGGUGUUCCACAUGGAGGGAGAAGGGGACGUGGUUUACAGGAUUGUCUCUUGGGACAGGAGGCUACUGGCCCAACAUCACAAGAAGCCUGCAGGACCCCUGUUUGACAUCAAAUGUCAGCAGAAGUCUGUGUGUCGGCUUCAUCUCCCACACUGUGAGAUCCCAUCCACAGCUGGAUGUCAGUUCUUGUCAGUCGCUCACCUGAAUGAUGAGGGCAUCGAGUUCAUCGCCCCUCAUAAGGUAACAGACACUCAUGUGAUCAUCAACAUCUCAGGGUUUUCUGGUUAUGGUAACAUCAAGGAUGACGACUCACCAUGUUUCCCAGUCCAAGCGCUGGUUCUGCUGUUCUACAGGCCUGCAUAUGAUCCCGAUCUUGAAUCCCUCCUCAAUGUGUUGAUCCUACCAGGUAACGUCUCGGUCCGAGAUGUGCGACGCACCAGGAAGAGCUUAGUAGGAGAUGAGCUCUACAUAGAGACGUCCUCACACUGUAAACUGCUGCCAGGGCAGGAAUACACACUGUCCACUUGUCCUGAAGACGACUCGGUUCUAGUUCAGCCAACAACAGCAGAAUUUGACAGUGACAACUAUGACAACUACAUCCCAUCAUUCCAGGUGGAUUUGGAGAAAAUCCUGAAACAUAUUAAACUGUUUCUGAGAGACACCAACAGACACAGUGUCUGGGAGAGACGAGUUUGUCUUUCAUCAGCUGGACUAACAAAGUCCUGUGGACAGAGCGCUCUGAAUCUGCCUUCACACCAGAAGCUGUUUGACAUACGCAGCAGCUUCAUCGAGGGGAUAUCAGGACCUGUUCUCAAGAGUCUGCUGGACAAACUGUUUGAGAAAAAGGUUCUGAUUGAUUCUGAGAGGGAGUCAGUGGACGAGAUGCAAAACAGAGGAGACAAAGCUCGUUUAGUUAUCGACACAGUGAGGAGGAAAGGUGAAGCUGCCAGUUCAGAGAUGAUCGAGUUCCUCUGUGAGCUCGACCCGUUCCUCUGUGAACAUCUUGGCCUGAUCUGAAGCUGAAUGAACAGCUAGAAACAAAGUGUAUUAGGAUCGUACCAAAUGUAAGAAUUGUACCUUAUGAAAUGUUUAGCAGAUGGACAUACAGCAUGAGAGCUAAUGAGAACAGAGUACAGCUGGUGGGUUAAACUGAGUUUCCUGUUGAAGAGGAUGUGAACUAGUUCAGGUGCUUCGGGGGAAUCUCCCGUCUGUUAUAGGCUGAACCUGAGAGGAGACCUGAGGAGGUGUGGAGCCAUCUGCUGGUGCGUUCAGAGACUGUUCUCCAGGUGUAUCGAAUAAUCUCCUCAGCUGAUGGACGUUGUCAUGGAAAUUAAAUCAUUUUAAAUGUGUAUUUUUCAAAUUAAGCACUGCUUAUGUAGGUGAACUUCCCCCUUUCCAAAUCUGGAGACACAACAGCAGCUAAUCUUCAUCCUGGUAUGUUCACUAUUGACACAGAUUUGAUUUUGUUAGCGUGGGAUUUUUGUGGCUAAAUGAAGAGCGUUCAUGAUGUAUGUGUCUCAUUAAAGGAGCAUUCUGUAGUUUUAAGGAAGAAAAUGUUCAUGAGAUGAGAGAUUUCCACUGACUGAUCUUUUCUGCCAAAACAAACUAAAUAAACUCUCUUCAUUUUCAAACAAAACUAACCUUAAAAGGAUGACACAAUAUAUGCCGUUUUAUUUUGUUUAUAUGUGGUAGAUUAGUGCUGUAAAUAUUUAAAAAAAUUCUGAGUUUUUCUACGAACUAUAGCGCCCCUUUAAACUGCUGAACUCAAUGAUUCAUUCUGACCCUCCAGUGUUUGCUAUUCUGUCCCCUUUGUCCGUUUGUUUCUGCUGUUUAACUAUUUUUGUUUUUACAUAACUUGUUCAUACUUUUAUCUCUGUCAGUAUUGAUUGCUUCUGUUCACCAGUGUGUGACUGUUUCAGGUGUUUUUAAUGUCUCCCUCACAAUAAAGACAGGGCAACAAACUCCUCGUGGUUUGCAGUAAGUGAAAUCACACAUAAACUGAAGUACUCUCUCAUCCAGAAUGUGGCCUAAUUAUUGAAUAUGAAAGUGCGAUAUGUAUGAAUUUGAGUUGAAACUUAUCAAAAUUAUCAAGAAAAUGUGAAGAAAUUACAGUUUUGAUUGUGUAAAGACCAACAUUCUCUUGGUGCUCCGAGCUCCCAUCCCAUCUCUGUGACU